AUGAAUAUUCUUCAUGUCGUCUCUGUCUUUUCCUUGCUGUUUCUGUUCAUGUUUCCGGCGAAGGCAGCAGCUAAUAUUAAUGGAAACGCUCACACUGCUUUGACAGUUACGAACGGGCGUGUGAAGGGUGUAAUAGGUGCCAUUGUUAAUAACAGUUCUCGUAUUGGUAAAGAAGAGCAAGUAGCUAUGGAGAUGGCAGUGCAGGACUUCAAUAGCUACACCAAUCAGACUCUGGUUCUUCACAUAAGGAACUCUCAGGGAAAACCUGUUACUGCAGCUCUUGCAGCCAUGGAUCUUGUCAGUGUGCAAAAUGCACAAGCUAUCAUCGGACCACAGACAUGGGAAGAGGUUUCUGUUGUAGCUCAAGUCUGUAAUGAAAAACACAUCCCGCUUCUGUCACUUGCCGACUCAGCUCCAGGAUUUUCAUCGAAGAGGUGGCCUUUUCUGCUUGCUGCUUCACCGAACCAGCUGUAUGCACAAAUGCAAGCCAUAGCGGCAAUUGUGGAGUCCUGGGAGUGGACACAGGUCACAGCAAUAUAUGAGGACAUUGACUCUUCAGCUACAGGAGUGAUACCUCAUCUAUCAGAUGCCUUGAAAGAAAAAGGUGUAGAAAUUGUAGACUUUAUUGCUUUGCCUCCUUUUGCUUCUUCUACAUUAUCUAAAGAGCUUAGACGGCUUCAAGAAGGUCAGUGUAGAGUCUUUGUGGUGCAUUUAUCUGUGCCUAUGGCUGUGAGUCUUUUCGAAACCGCGAAGAAGAUGAACAUGAUGGAAGAGGGUUACGUGUGGAUCACUACGGAUCCUUUUACAAGCCUUCUCCAUUCCACUGAUGCCUUCACCCUUGUUUCAAUCCAAGGAAUUUUAGGAGUCAAGAGGUACUUCCCUGAAAAUGGCUCUCAUUUCAAGGAUUUCUCUGGGAAAUUUCGGAAAAGUUUUACCUUGAAAUAUCCUGAAGAAGAGAAUUCAAGGCCUGGAAUUCACGCUUUGCAGGCAUAUGAUGCUGCGUGGGCUGUGUGUACAGCAAUGAAGGAAAGUAAGAACGGAAGGGUAGAGCUACUGGAAAAGAUUUUGCUCAGUUAUUUUCAUAACCAGACGGCAGUUCCUCGAGUUUUUCAGAUCGUGAAUGUGAGGGAAAGAAGUUUUAAGGAACUUGGAUUCUGGUCGAAUGAAUUUGGUUUCCAGGAGACUAUUGAUCAGAAUUCUACUCAUAAUUCUUUAAUGAAAGAAUCAGGCCAAGUGUUUUGGCCAGGAAGAACUUAUAAUAUUCCAAAAGGAUGGACUCUACCCACAACUCUGAGAAUAGGAGUGCCCACCAGGUCCUUAUUCAAACAGUAUGUGAAUGUGGAAGAUGAUCCCUGGAAAAAUGAGACCACAUUUUCCGGAAUUGCAAUUGAACUUUUCAGAGAAAUCGUGAAUGAGGUGCCAUUUGAUUUGCCAUAUAAAUUCUAUCCCUUCAAUGGCACGUACACAGAUUUGGUGAGGCAAAUUCACCUCAAGGUGAGAGAUUUUCUUACUUCUUUUCAGUUCCUACCUGUUUAA